AUGCAAAUGAAGUGGCAGCCAGAUUCCAGGUCCAGUUUAGACAUGAAAGGCACCUGUGAUGACAUAAGAAAGUUAAAGAGGGAUUUGGAUUUUCUUGAAGUAUACCCCCGCCCCCCGCCCAACCACCACCCCGACACACACACAGAGAGGAACAGAGAGAGUGAGAGAACUAUUUUUACUAAUGAAUUGAAAGCUUUGUGGUUGCUGCUUUCUCUCAUUUCUUGGAUAUGGGUUUUCUCUGUGGCUGAUGCAAAAUCUAGUGGGGUCUAUUCAGGAAUCAGGGCUAUAGAGAGGAUCUUAGGUGAAUAUGACUUGACACUCGUGCUUUCGAGGGAGGUUGUGGAAUUGAAGUAUAUCUCACUAAGAAAGGGAAUAAAAUCCAAAACCUUUUGUUUCUCACACAUAGACGAGUAUGAUACAGCCUUCUCUGCUUUCACUUUUGAGGUUACCUUUACACGUCUUGACAUCACUAUUGCUAAUACUACAAUUAACGAAAGGCCUAUUAAAGUAGACAAAGAAGAAACAAAGAGGAGCCCACCAACUCUUUUCAUCUACUUAAUUCCCCCUCAAAAGGAAGAUUUUAACGUCAGUAAAAGGGAAAAGAGAGGAGAGGGGGGAAAGCAAAAGAAGAUGUCUUUCUCAAACACGGAUCCCUAUGGAAUGCAAGACGGAUGCCCAGCCAGCAUUGCUUGCUGGAACUCAAUUCUUUUUGAUUCUGAAAAGGUUUCUCAGAAGCAGAUUGUACAUAGGAAGUCCAUAGAUACAUUUGGGCAAAGGACUUCACAGUAUAGAGGCGUCACGAGGCACAGAUGGACAGGUAGAUAUGAAGCCCAUCUAUGGGACAACAGUUGCAAGAAAGAAGGUCCAAGAAGGAAAGGAAGGCAAAUUUAUCUAGGGGGCUAUGAUAUGGAAGAAAAGGCUGCAAAGGCUUAUGAUUUGGCAGCACUUAAGUACUGGGGACCUUCAACCCAUAUCAAUUUUCCGUUGGAAAAUUAUCAACAAGAACUUGAAGAGAUGAAAAACAUGUCCAGACAGGAAUAUGUUGCUCACUUAAGAAGGAAAAGCAGUGGCUUCUCCAGAGGAGCUUCAAUUUAUAGAGGAGUUACAAGACAUCAUCAACACGGACGUUGGCAAGCUCGGAUUGGCCGAGCUGCUGGAAACAAGGACCUCUAUCUAGGGACAUUUAGUACUCAAGAAGAAGCUGCUGAGGCAUAUGAUGUAGCAGCUAUAAAAUUUCGGGGGCUUGAUGCAGUAACCAACUUUGGAAUCUCAAGAUAUGAUGUAGAUCGGAUUAUGGCAAGCAGUUCCCUUCUUUCAGGGGAAAUGGCUAAACGAAACAAGGACAUGGAUUCAAGUAACAAGAUCUCUGAUAACAAUCCCUCAAACCAUAACCAUCAUUUGGAAGUUGCAUAUGCCUCAAAGGAGGACAAUAGCAAUGUGCCUGACUGGAAAAUGGCACUCUAUCAGAAAACUGGUGGAGUUGAUGACUUUAGAAGUGGAUCUUACUAUAUUGGUGUAAAUGGCAUGAUUGGGAUUGAGGCAAUGAACUCAACUGAGAAUGAUGUGGAUGAACCAGGAAAAAUGGCUAGUCACUUUUCAAGUAGUGCUUCACCGGUGAAUAACUUGAGAGAAGGCAGCCCGGAUAAAAGCAUUGGCCUUCCACCAGCGUCCAACUACUUUACAAGUUCAACAAGUAGUGUGAAUUCUUGGCUUUCAACAGCACAUAUGAGGCCUCAAGUCCCACUUUUUCCUGCAUGGGCAGAUGCAUCCUGAAAUUUUCUGUGAGGUCUUUUGGUAAUGGAAUCUAAAACUGCUUUCUAUUCUCAGGUGUUUUUUUUCCCCUGAAUUAUUGACUAAAACUAUGGGGAGCUUUAAAAGUUAUGAUGAUUUGGGAUUUUCUGUGCAAUGAUUCUUCAUGUUUCAUUUUAUCCCCAUAUCAUCAUUUCCAAGUUGUUGGAUCUAUGUAUUUCCCUUUUUCCACAUUUAGCGAAGCGUUCUUAGUGCAUUAAUAUGAUUAA